AUGUCCGCGCCGCCACGAGCCGCGCAUGGCAAGGGCAGCUCUGAGCGGGGCGCGAAGGGCCCGCCUGGCCUGCUAGGGAUCUUCUGUGGGUGCUUCGGGGCGCAGCCGGCAUCGGGGCACAAGGAGGCCCCGAGCAGCGCGAAAUCCGCGUCGAAGGCCCGCCAGGAGCAGCUCGACAGCCACCGCGGGAGGUCGCGGCGGGCCCUCACCGCGGAGUUCGAACCAGCUGGCUCAACGCUGCACACUGGUCCGCGCAGCCGCGAAUCGUCCACGGGGCGCUACCCGGAGAGCGUCCGCGCGUCCUCCGUGCGCCGCGAGAGGCCGCAGGGCUCGCAGCGCGUGCUGACGAGCACCUCGCGCGGCAGGGCGGAGUUCGCCGACCGGCCCGCAGGCGCCCGCUCCCACGUCGACGCGGCGCACAGCAUGCACGACCGUCGCCGCAGGCGCAGCUCCGCGGAGCGAUAUCCCUCCGCUCAUGCGAGCCGCGACGCCCAGUACGGCAGGUCGGGGGCUCCGUCCCGCGCGAGUCGCGCCAGGCCGAGUAAGGGGCGAUCGGCGAUCGAGCUCGCGUCCGACGCGCAGCUGCGCACGUACACGCUGCGGCAGUCGAGGUCGUCGCGGCGCUCCGAGGCGUUCGACGCGCGGCUCGAGGGGCUGGGCGGGCUCUCGCUGCGCGACCUCGCAGCGCGCCGCUCCGCCUCCCGUCCUCGCGCGAGCGUCACCAGGAACGCUCUGACGCCGCAACGCAGCCAGCGAGGCUCGGUGAAUGCGAGCAGCCCCGCGCGCAGCCGGCGCUCCCUGGUUUCGCGCCAGGGUGAGACGUCAUCCCGCCGGAGCCUGCUGAGCCGCCAGGACCUCGCCGCGGACUACGGGCCGAUGGCGCACAGCGAGCGCCGGGCGCCCGCGGUGCGGCCGGGUCGGGCGAACACGGCGCCUGCGCGCGACCUGCGCCGGUACGUUGACGAGGCGGACGAGAGCGCCCGUGCGCGCUCGAACCGUCGCGGCGCCAGCGAGCGCUCGCUCCGGGCCUUCCACGGGCUCGUGGACCGCGGGAUGGACGACGUUCCGCGCGCGGCGUUGCCCAAGCGCACGCCGUCGAAUCAGCGCGCGCGCCAGCUGUCAUCCUACCAGCUGCGGGACGAGCCGCAGGUGACGCCGGAGCAGCCGUCGCGCGCCGCGCACCCGCAGGCGUCGGACUCGGCCCUCACGCUACAGAUGGUGGACUGGGAGGGCGAGUUCCGGGACUCCCUCGAGGACCAGCGCGAGUCUGCCACGCGGAACAACACCCCCGCGUCCCUCGAGCACGUGCUGCGCGCGUCCCCGUCGGGGGAGCUCGCCAACAGCCCCGCCGGGGCGGCGCUGCCCCCGAAGGCCAGGCGCGCGCACAGCAACGUGCAGCGGGCCUCCUCCGCGGGCCUCGCGCUUAGCCUGCUCAACCCGAUGUCCGCGAUCUCUGAGGGCAUCGAGUUGUCCCCUUCGGCUCAGUGA